GUCAGUCGUCUGCUGUAAGCCCAACGAUAAGGUGGUGGUCGUCAGCAAAAACGCACACACGCAAGAACAUACGUACCAGCAAACGAACACACACUCGCACAUAUUGCCGAUUCGCCAUCGUGACGAUCGUCGCUCGUUCGUACUUCGAGAAACGUUUAAUCGCGCUGCAUUCAGAGUCAGACAGUCAUUCGCUUGCCGUAACUCGUAGCGUGCGGUUGCCUCUCCCUCUAAAGCGGAAGAAUACAAAUCUAAAGAAAAGAAACACUCUCUAAGCAAAGACUAACGUAUUUACGUAGUUUCGUCGUUGCGCGAAAUAAAAGUGAAAAGUGAUCUUGAAACUGAAAACUAAACAAAUCAAAGAACUGCAUACCAACAAACAAAUCGCAGCAGAGCAACAAACUUAAACAAAAUCAAGUGCGCAGCAAAUUUCUGCAUUUGCCGCUAGUGGAAAAAUAAAGAAAGAACAAAAUCAAACUGUGUCUUAAACUGCAUAAACAAUAUAUAGCCGAUAUCGAGAUGGUUACCGGCGUAACAACAAACAUGAGUCCCAAUUUAGUGGGCGCUGCUGUGGUGCCCACGCAGCUGAAGGAGACGCCCAUCAAAAGUGACCGUAGGUCGAAUAAACCAAUAAUGGAAAAACGUCGUCGUGCACGCAUCAACAAUUGCCUCAACGAGCUGAAGACUCUUAUACUAGAUGCCACAAAAAAAGACCCUGCGCGUCAUUCCAAGCUGGAAAAGGCCGACAUAUUGGAGAAGACAGUGAAGCAUCUGCAGGAGCUGCAGCGUCAACAGGCAGCCAUGCAGCAGGCCGCCGAUCCAAAGAUCAUUAACAAAUUCAAGGCUGGCUUUGCUGACUGCGCGAAUGAGGUGAGCCGCUUCCCUGGCCUGGAUGCUGCCCAGCGUCGUCGUCUGCUGCAACACCUGAGCAACUGCAUCAAUGGCGUCAAGAGCGAAUUGCAUCAUCAGCAGCGUCAGCAGGCAGCUGCACAGGCGCAAUCGUUGCACGCACAGGUCGUGCUGCCCUCGCCACCCAGCUCACCUGAACAGGAGCCAACAACAGCAACAAACGGCAGCAGCAGCGGCAACAACUUAGUCUCAGCGGCUGCGCCCUAUCUGUUCGGACAGAUCCAACACAAUGCGAAUGGCUACUUUCUGCCCAAUGGCAUGCAGGUGAUACCCACCAAGCUGCCCAAUGGUAGCAUCGCCCUGGUGCUGCCCCAAAGCUUGCCACAGCAGCAGCAGCAACAGUUGCUGCAACAGCAACAGCAGCAGCAACAGCAACAGCUAGCCGCAGCUGCCGCUGCCGCCGCCGCCGCUCAACAGCAACAGCUGCAGCAGCAGCAACAUCAUCAUCAAUUGGUUUCCAUGCCACAGCGGACGGCGAGCACCGGCUCCGCCAGCUCGCACUCCUCGGCGGGCUAUGAAUCGGCGCCGAGCAGCAGCAGCAGCCACGGCAGCUAUGCGCCGCCCAGUCCCGCCAACUCGGUCUACGAGCCAAUGGAUGUGAAGCCCUCCGUCAUACAGCGUGUGCCCAGCUCCAAUCUGGUGGAGCAGCAGCCGCUCUCGCUGGUCAUCAAGAAGCAGAUCAAGGUGGAGGAGGAGCAGCCCUGGCGGCCCUGGUAAACGCAGAAGCAAACACAAGCAUGAGCCAGGCGCUCGCAUUGAAACUGCUCCCAAAACAAUGCAAACCGCUUUUAAAGACUGAUGGGCGUCGCACACACACACGCACAACACACACACACACACACACACACACACACACACACACCUCAUACACACACUCAGCUGCGCAGGUGCGCAGUUAAACAUUUCAUCACAUUUCGCCAGGAUAACGCAAAUGUUGCAUUCGAAGUGUUGCGAGCAAGCGAAACUCCUAAUUGGCUCAACGUUUCACUUGGGCAUUUCUCUGAAGGAGAAAUUCCCAGCGAGAUGAAGAGCAAUCAUACACACACACAUGCACACAAAUUGUUAUAA